AUGGCUGGCAACAAGUUAAAAGUGGUGCUUUUCCUCGGAAGCGUCCGUGACAACCGUCUGGGCGAACGGGUCGCAACCUUCAUGAAGAAUAUUCUUGUGGAAACUAACCAUGAAGUCGAAAUUAUGGAUCCAAUGAAAACGGAGUUUCCAAUGUUGAAGAAGCCGCUCCACCAUUACCAAGACAAGUCAAAGGCGCCCCAGUUUUUACAGGACUGCAACGCUAAGAUCCAAGCUGCUGACGCCUUUGUAGUUGUAACAGCCGAAUACAACCACAGCAUCCCGCCAGCUUUGUCCAAUAUGAUGGACCAUUUUGGGUCAUCAGGGUACUCGUACAAGCCAAGUGGAAUUGUGUGUUAUUCACCAGGUCAAUACGGUGGAAUGAGAGCUGCCAUGCAACUACGUAGUUUUCUGGGAGAGCUUGGCUGCUUGAGUGUCUCUAAUAUCUUCGGUAUCCCCCAAGUCAUGGAAGCCAUCAGCCCAGAGGGAGAACCACAGAAUGAACACAUGCGUAAGGGGGCACUGCGGCUGUUGGCACAGCUGGACUGGCACGCCCAGGCGAUGAAGAACCACAGGGAAAAAGUUGGGGUACCUUAGUGAAUUUCACAUGUAUGGAGCAAGCAUUGUACUCAUUGCAGACGUACAAUGUGGGAUAGUGCAGAUCUUCAAACAUUAAAAAAAAAAAAAGAAAAGAAUGGAAUGAAAAAAAUUAAUAGAUAAAGUAGAUAAGUAGAUAAAAAUGAAAAAUAUGGAAAUUGAAUUAAUUUUCUUUUUAUCCAUCCAUCCAAAAACAAAUUUGUAAUGUACAAGUUUUCCUGCUCUUACUUUCUAAUGCAACUAAUCAUUGCAAGUAAAAAACAUCAAUCUGUCACACAUAUGGGAAUGACCCAAAAUGAGAAAUGUAGAACAAAAAAAUAAGCUAAAAAUGUCAUUUUCUUCAAUGGAUUUGAAUAUGGCAACCUUGGCAAUGAAGAUUAAAAGGUUAAAAUUUACAGAAAAAUGAACUAUUUGCAAUAUGAGGGAUGGGCAGCCAUUUUGCAAGUAUGGUGAGAUGUCCUUGGUUGACCUUUAGAAAUGAUGAGGACCAUGUAGUCACCCUGUGUUCAGGGUUGGUUUUUAUGGGCACAAAAAUGGCUAGAAGCCACUUCAUCAAAACAGCUUUUAUGUUUUACAGCCAUUUGAAAAAAUGACACAGUCCUGCAUACGUUUAUUAGUAUAUGUAUUUGUUUUAGUAUAGAUACAAUUAAAGAUCAAAUUGCUUUAGAUUUUGCUUACGUACUAACCUAGAGUAAAAUAAUUUUAUUAUAGGUAAAUAGUCAAACCUUCAAUUUUUAGAUUAACGUGUAUAAUUUUUAUUUACUUAAAAAGUAAGAAUUAUAUUAUGAGUCAGUUGCUUUUUUGAGUGGCUCUUUACAUUUCUCAUUUCUGAAUUACUUUUACGUUUUGUUCAUGGUAGUCACAAACAAAAAAGGUAACAGCAAUUUUUUUUUAUUAUUUAAUACAAAGGAUCAAAUUUUGUUAAGUGGAUUAUGAUAAAGCUUUAAGUAAAAGAUAAAGUAUGAGUUUUGGAGCUUUAGAGGAGUUUGUUGGUGAAAUGAUAUUCAAUUUAAAUCACUGUCAUUGCUUUAAGUGCUAUUUUAGAAGUUCAUUUAAAGGGAUAAUAACUCUUCGUAUGAGAUCUAUAUUUCACAA